GCUGCAAACCCCUUCCUAAUGUCGCGUUGGUUCUCAGUGGUCAGAGUACUUAAUGUCAUAGCGGGAGUAGCCAUCCUCACGAGGGUAUCAAAUUAUACUCUGCGUCCUGGCGAAACAGGUAUAAUUUUUAGAAAAUUCGGCAAAUCACCCGAGGAGCCUGUUCGAGAAGGGACCCAUUUCUUGAUUCCAUGGAUCGAAGAAAUUCGAGUCGUGGACAUGACGGGUCGUCCUCAGACCAUCACAUUGCAAUGCUUCCUACAGCACCUUCAGUCAGUCACAGUGACGGUAUCGAUUCUGUAUCGACCCGAUGUGACUGCCCUGGUAGGAAUGAGCAAAAAAUUAGGAUUCGAUUAUUACACCGAGAUGAUGAAAUCUAUCACCUUCGAAAAGGUUCAUUCCGUAAUCUCUCAAUCAACUGCCGGUGAAUUAUCAAACAAUCUAUCCUGUAUCUCACAUCUCAUUUUUGAAACCCUCUCAAAAAGGGCCAAAGAAAAGGGUAUCAUUUUAGAAAAUUUUUCCAUAGUUAAAUUUGAAUUUAGUACUCCUUAUUCUAACAUGAUAGAAGAGUAUCAUGUUCAAUUGCAUGAGACUUCUGCCUCCUGUGGAAAAGCCAAAGAGGCAGACGAAAUAAUAAAGGCCGACGAAACGUGGGCGGCUUGGUGGCUUGGGUUUAUGAAACCCAUGAAAAAUUAGGGGUGUUUUUUUGUAUCGCGGGGAUUUUUUGUAUAACCCAUUUAGGGGUGUUCUUUUUUUUUUUGUAUCAACCCUGGGGUGUUUUGUGUAUCGCGGGGAGUUUUUGUAUAACCCAUUUAGGUGUUCUUUUUUUUUUUGUAUCAACCCUAACCCAUUUUGGGUGGGUGUUUUAAAGUUCCAUAUAAUAGUUUCAAUAUGAUAGUUUUGUUCCAUAUAAAUUUGAAUGACUAUCUUUUAUGCAUGUAAACUACAAGGCAGGUGAAUGACUAUCUUUUAUGCAUGUA